AGUCUGCAUCAUUUUUUUACCUAUAGAGAGUGGCAGGUGUAAGGUCAUGAACCUUAUUCAAUGUACUCAUUCUAUUCUUAUGUUCAAUGAAAGGUCGAACAGCAAUUUAUUAGCUAUUAGCAAAACAAAGUAAUUUUGCUCAUAUUAAGUGCAACAACUGAAAAUCAAAACAAACCAUGAAAUUUUGAUAGUUUAUAAUUUAAAUGUUUAUGUAGUUCCUAGAAUAAUAUGGAUAUGGAGCAAACCAUCAAAACAGAAAUGUUGGUGGACAAAAACAGAAAUAGUUCUAAUAACAUGUGUUUAACUGUUGAACUUUGUGUUGUUUGUGGAGACCGAGCUUCUGGUAGGCAUUAUGGGGCUAUUUCUUGCGAGGGAUGCAAAGGCUUCUUCAAGAGGUCAAUCCGUAAGCAAUUAGGAUAUCAGUGCAGAGGCAGUCAAAACUGUGAGGUUACCAAACAUCAUAGGAAUAGAUGUCAAUAUUGUAGGCUUCAAAAAUGUCUCGCUUGUGGAAUGAGAAGUGAUUAUUUUCUUAAUACUUUUUCAGCUGUACAACAUGAAAGAAAACCUAUUAUUGAUAAAAAAGAAUUCUUAAAUAAUUCUGAGAUUAAGUUUAACCAAAAUGCUGUAAAUGCUGUAAAUAAAAUUUUUAUUAGAAAAGAUUUGAACUCUGAGUAUGGCCUUCUUCCUCCGUUCUGUCCUAGUGAUUUGGGAUUGCAAUUUUUAAAUAAAAGAAUUGCUAAUAGUACUACAGCUUCAGAAUCUUUUCACCUGUCUCCAAGUCAAGCUAGUGUUGAGGAUGAUGUUUCAAUGGAUAGUAUUAAUGCUAGUACUGAACUUAGUGAUGCCCUAUCUAGUGCAAGAGACAAACAACUUAUUUCAAAAGCUUUAGAUACUAUGGCUAGAGUACAGUGCUUGAAUGGGACAGAUUUAAAUGCAUUAACAAGUGAAGAGAAGUGUUUUGAUUAUGAUGGACCUAUUCUCCAAGAGCAAAAUAUGUCUUUCAAUUUGUUGAUACCAGGACCUGUGCCACCUUAUUUAAAUAUCCACUAUAUUUGUGAAAGUGGUUCUAGAUUAUUAUUUUUAUCAGUAUAUUGGGCUAAAAAUAUUUCAGCAUUUCAGCAUUUAAGUUCCGAAACACAGAUUUGUCUUCUAAAAAAUUGCUGGUCAGAACUGUUCACUCUAGGAUUGGCUCAAUGUUCACAAUCACUAUCAUUAUCAACAAUUCUCUCAGCUCUAAUAAGCCACUUACAUGCAUCCAUAGCUCAGGAUAAAAUGACUGCUACAAAAGUGAAACAGGUCACAGAUCAUAUAGUGAAACUUCAAGAUUUUGUUACUACAAUGAAUAGGCUUCAUGUAAAUGAGCAGGAAUAUGCCUAUUUAAAAGCUAUAACUUUAUUUUCUGCCGACCAGCCAGAUAUAUUAUUAAGGAAACCUAUUGAAAAGUUGCAAGAAAAAUCAUUCCAGGGAUUAAGAACUUAUUUAACUAUCAAUUUUCCUGAUGAUAAUGACAGAUUUCCACGGUUACUACUAUGUUUACCACCCUUAAGAGCAAUUGAAUCAAGUAUCUUGGAAGAAUUAUUUUUUGCUGGCUUAAUCGGACAGGUUCAAAUUGAUAAUGUUGUACCAUAUAUUUUGAAAAUGGGAAACACUACAUCUUCCUCAAGUAAUAAUAGACAAGUAAAAAUGGAGCAUCAUCUAGAUGAUUUUUUUUGUAAAUAAGUGCAAAUUUAAUCUGUUGAUGGAAUUCUAAGUAGUCUUAUUUCCUUUAACUAAAUGCAUUGGCGUCGAUAAUGUGUAAUGAGGGAUAUAGGCAUAUUUUAACUGUAUGAUUUUAUUUUGUGUCUGCAGGGUAAUUUCCCUUUUUAUUCCGCUAUAUCUACGUCAUUGUUCAAUUUUAAUAAUAUUUAUUUGGGAAGAACUCUUUAACAAAUGUAAAUUAAAUUUUCAUUGGAGAUAUGGUGAUUUAACUUCUACUUAUAUGUGUUUUUGUACUUAUAUUAUUUUGACAAGUAUGUUUUUAUAAUCUUUUGAUAUCAACAGGUAGACUUGUGACAUAAAAGAUAAAUGAAGAAAUAUUUGAACUUUUUAAAAAUUGAAUAAAUUUUGUUAUAUAUUAAAUCAUGGUAAAUUUAUAUCAUGUAGCAUUCAAGUUUGCUAAUUGAAUAAAAUACAAGGUUUUAUAUUCAGAAUGAGAAAAUUGGUAUUACUCGGUCUCUAGAGUAGGUAGAAAACUGAAAAAUAAUUGGGGUUUGCUUAGUAAAACAUUUUCGUAAUGCCAUGGCAACAAAUGAAAUUUUCUACGAAAAUAUUUUUAAAGCUGAUACUUCCCAUGAAUUUUUUUAUAUCUUACUCGUAGAGAGCGCUAGAUAGAUGGCUCGUACCAUCUAUACUCGUACAUUUAUUAAAUAUCACUUUUUUAACGUUAGAUUUAUUAAUCAAAUUUUCAAGUGAACUUGAAGAUCAUUCAAUUCGAUACCAAAGAAGUAUUUUUGCUAAAAACGAUACUAUGCACUAUUUUCGAAAUUUUUUUAUUUCAAAAUAAUGAAGUAAUAAUUGAUGCCGCUAUAAAGUAAGUGAGUAAAGUAUAAAGUUAAUAAUUAAACAAAAAAUUACAAGAACAUUGAAAUUUAGACUAAGAACAUAAAAUAAAAUUUAUUCAGAGUAAGUGUUUUCACGACUAAACAACUCUGUUUUUCUAAAGAAUCCAUCGUAUUCCUCUUCAUCCUUUUAUUUCUAGAUUGCAAAUGGAUUUCUCCUCAAAAUAAAUAUGCUUAUUCAGAAUACUGGCGUCUUAUACUUUUUCUCACGUUAAAUAAAACAUUUAGCUGCUUUUUCCAACAAUUUUUUUAUGUGGUGCUCACGGUGAGUACGAGCAAAACUCACAUGAACCGAUAGGAAGAAAAUACCAGAAAUCCGUGUGAAAUAUUAAGUAUUUAUAUAAGUGUAUGUUAUUAAUUAUAUAUUAAUGACAGGCUGAUAGUAAAGUGUGUUUUCACGUGCUAUUUUUAAAUUUGUCUGACUUCUCGGAAUGAAUAAACUUAUAUUGAUUCAACAAAAUUUGGACCAUGAGAACAUGCCUUUAUUGAUAUUUCCAAGUAAUGAAUGAGUACAACACCUAUACGUAUAUAUUAUCAAUAAAUAUUGGUUGAUAUAGCAAAUUUCUUCAAUUUUAUAUCUAAUUAUCAAAAGUAAUGUAGGUUUAAAACUUUUGCCAAAGAAUUACAUAUUUUUUAUCCAUUUAUUGAUCUUAAUGGGAUGUUGAAAAUAUCAGAAGAGUAAUUGUCAAAUUUAUUGUGUAAUAUUUUUAUUGUAUAUAUGUAGAAAUGAACGAGAGUUGAAUCGCACUGGGAGUUGGGUUUCAACAUUCAACUCAAGCCAUAAUCAACAGAAUCGGGGAAGAGUUAGGUUGAUUAUUUGCUCGUUAUACUGGGAAAUGAUCCCAUUCCAAGUCUGCCUUCUUCGCAAAGAAUCAUGUUCGAAAAGGUUUCCGCGGGCAGAAUUAUAAAAGAACUAGGUUUACGGGUUGAACCGCGAGUGAAUUUUGAAAAUUCUCGACGUUUCGGCUCCGACUUUGAAGCCAUUAUCAAGAGAGAGAUGGGGUUAGGUAGUUAUUCGUUUAUUGGAUUCAAUCAAAGAGGGUGAUUUGUAAUUUAGUCUAGACAAAUUUCCAGCACGGUACAACUCGUGAAAGUUCAUUUAUGGAAGCGAAAUUCUGAAAAGAGAGUGAAAAAGUGUUCAACUAAAACUAAUUUUUAAAGUUAAAUUCACAUAAAUGUAUAGGUCACUGGCUUAAGAACAUUUAAUAUAAAUUAUUAAGUUAUGCCCAUUUUUAUAAAUAUAUCAUCAUAAGCUGCCAAUAUGUAACUUGGUGAUGUUUCUGAAAGUAUUUAAGAACGGUCUUGAAUAUAUCAUAAAGCAGAGUUGAUCUACUGACAAUAAUAAUAUAGUGUUCACAUUUUUUAUAGUAACGCUAUAGAAUUAAUAAGCUUGAUUAAAAUAUCCAAUGAUGUAAAUUAAAAUAAUGUCUAGUCUAUUUUAAUAUCUUUUUGUUGCUGUAGCUUGUGCUAAAUUUCGACUAGCUUCUCUAUGUGAAUCUUUUCCCUUUUGGUUUUUGUAGUUGUAGUUAAAAUAUUGGAAUGAAAUAUUAUUUAGUUCAAUUUCUUCCUAGAAUUUUUAAUAUAUUUUCUAAGAUAUUUAUUUAAUGCCAAAUUUUUACUAAGAUUUAAUGCGGCUGAGUAAGUAAAGUGACUAAUGUUUGAAAAUCCAGCAAGUUGAUGGAUAAAAAUUAUUAAAAAUUAUCUUAUUGCAUAAACAAGUUAGUUUAUGAUUGACAUAUUCAGUUCGGGGUAUUAGUAUUAUAAAACACUUUAGUCAAACACAAUGAAACAGCGACCAAUAUUGUAUAAAAGUGAGCAAUUCAUUUUGGACACCUAUUGUAUUUAAGUCGAUAAGUCUUUAAUGCCUUGUAAAACUUUAAUUUAUGCUUGUUUAUAUGUCUAUAAUAUUUUUCCAACCAAGUGUCUUUAAUAGUAUUCAAGAUUACUAAUCAUGUGUUAGGAUAGCGUGAAUUACAUCUUGGAUUCGUUUUCUCAAAAAUGUUUCAUUAGAUUUGUCCAAAUUUACUUCAGCGUAACCUCCAUCAACUCUUAGAACUUAAAGGCGCAGCGGAGCUCCAUCUUAGAAGAAUAAUCUAGUAGCUGGAGAAAGAAGUGCAAUUGCAGCAUAUUGAGCUGCAAUAUAUUACUCAUAGAAUGUAAAUUUUUGCGUGUUUGGAAAAAAAAACAGAGACAUUCAGUUCUCAAGAAUCCCUUUUGAGUUGCUUAUUAUCUUCGUGCUAUUACAAACGAUUUAUAGUCAUUACAUGUAAUAAUUUUCUAAUCUCAUAAUAAUACUUAAAAUUUUCUUUCAGUUAUUCGAUUACUAUAUAUAAUGUCCCCAAAAGAAUUAAAUUAUAUUCACUUGUGUAUUUUUAAAAAUGACUAUUUCAAAUUUCUGUGUAAAUCAUGUACUCUGAAGUUGUCUUGAGGAAUAUUGUGUUUGAUUUUUUAGUAGAUAUUUUUAAUGUUGGCACAAACAUUAGUAAUUAUAUUUAAAAUAUGUAUGUUAAAGAUUAAGUGUAUUUCGGAAUUUUUUUGUUCACUAAUUGUUUUACGAAUUAGGCAUUAAGUCCUCCAGCAAUGCAACUUGUGAAAUUGAUUUGUUUCGGCACCUUGUCAAAAUGAAAUCAAUCGAACAAACAUGGUCAAUCACAUUAAGUAAUUGGAUGUCAUCUGCAUGCAAACCAAGGUGAUAUGGGAACGCUUACAAAUUAUGUAAGGUAUUUUUUUGGAAUAUUGGAUGUGCCCUACUCCCAUGUAAGGAAAUGUCAGGUUUGAAGAUAUCCACCCCCCUAUCUUUCGUAAGAAAUAUGGCUGAAAAUAUUUAUAUAUUUAAGAGUUCAAAUCACAGUAAAAAAUUCUUAUAUAAUGACACUACUUGGAAAUGAAAUAAUUAAUUAUACAUGCAUACAACAUAGUUAUUAUAAAUUAUUUCAUUAUCUUUAAUCUAAAGAACACCUUAUAAAAAUUACUUCCACAUCUACGCUAUCGAUCCAUUCACAAUCAAUAUCUUUUUCAUUAUCUGAAUUCUCAAUAACAUACAUUUUAUCAUUUGUUCUUGAUUUUAAGAUAGCAUUGGAUGCAAUUUUUUUAUGCUUUGGUUAUAUGGCCCAACAUGUGCGCAAUUGCUCCUUUCUUCGAUACAAAAUACAUUCCACAAGUAGUACAAACUCUGUUCUUCAAUUGAUCUCUUACUGAUGAACAGUAAUAAUCAUAUGGCAUCAUCUUUAAGGUUGAUAAUCAAUUGACAAAUUUAGAGACAUCUUUGGAACAAACCUCGCAUAAGGACAAGUGAAUCUUCUCCUCCCCCCUCACUCACCCUCAGGUGUCAAGGAAUAUUCAACUCCACCCACCCCGCAACGAGCCUUACGUAAUUUGUAAACGUACCCUAUAUCUAAAGUAACUCUGCACACCUGUAAGAUUUUCUGGGAUAUGAUUUAUAUAAAAUACAGUUAUUUUCCUUGAAAUACUUUUCUUCACUAAAUAUACCAUCUAAUGUGUUUGUUCUAUAACAGACAAUAAAUAGUAUUUCAAUAAAACCUCUAGCCUAUACAAUAAGUCUCUAGAAAUUCUAUUGUCCGACAUUGCAGUAGUACUAGUAGUUCCUUUGACUUUUUCUAAAGACAAGCUAAUAUAUGAUAAGCCGUUUUUUUCGAACAAUUACUGAAUACCAUGUUUGUAAUUAUUUACAUAAUGUUGCAACGUUGGUUAAAUAAUAAUGGUAUAUUUUAGUGCAAUGCACAUUUUCACUAUGUGAUAAUCGCAAAAGGUGACGUGCCUUUGGAUUUAAUAUAUUUAGACAAUAUUGUAUAUACUCUGACAACAGUGUAAAUGUAUUUUGGAAUUGCAAUACAUAUUUUUUACUUAUAAA